CGAUGGGCAGGCAGCAGGUUGGACUGAUAUGGAAUAUGACAAGAAGUUGGCCCGUUUCCGAAAGGGCCACCUCAACCCGUUCGACAAGGCCCCGCUGCAAAGCCAGCAUGAGCAGAAGACCGGGGGAGCUACCGAGGAGUUUCCACGAAAAGACUUGAACAUGGAGCUGUCCUCAGAGGAAGCUGAAUUCCAGUGCUCAGAGCGGACGAUGGACUUGGGGCUGGCUGAGGACCACUUCUCACGCCCAGUGGGGCUCUUCUUGGCCUCAGAUAUUGAGCAGCUGCGGCAGGCGAUCGAGGAGUGCAAGCAGCGGAUCCUGGAGCUGCCGGAUAACUCAGAGAAGCAAAAGGACGCCGUGGUGCGGCUCAUUCACCUGCGCCUCAAACUUCAGGAGCUGAAGGACCCGAGUGAGGAGGAGCCGAACAUCCGUGUGAUCCUGGAGCAUCGCUUCCACAAGGAGAAGAGCAAGAGCGUGAAGCAGACCUGUGACAAGUGCAGCACCAUCAUCUGGGGCCUCCUCCAGACCUGGUACACCUGCACAGGGUGUUCCUAUCGCUGCCACAGCAAGUGCCUGAACCUCAUCUCCAAGCCCUGCGUGCGCUCCAAGGUCAGCCACCAGGCUGAAUACGAGCUCAGCAUCUGCCCGGAGACGGGGCUGGACAGCCAGGAUUAUCGCUGCGCCGAGUGCCGAGCUCCCAUCUCUCUCCGGGGAGUCCCGAGCGAGGCCCGGCAGUGCGACUACACCGGCCUCUACUACUGCAGCAACUGCCACUGGAAUGACCAGGCUGUCAUCCCGGCCAGGGUCAUCCACAACUGGGACUUUGAGGCCCGCAAGGUGUCUCGGUGCAGCAUGCGUUACCUGGCGCUGAUGGUGUCCCGUCCGGUACUCAAACUGCGCGAGAUCAACCCGCUCCUCUUCAACUAUGUCGAGGAGCUCUUGGAGAUCCGGAAACUGCGCCAGGAUAUCCUGCUCAUGAAGCCCUAUCUCAUCACCUGCAAGGAGGCCAUGGAGGCCCGCCUGCUGCUCCAGCUGCAGGAUCGGCAGCACUUUGUGGAGAAUGAUGAGAUGUACUCUCUGCAAGACCUGAUGGACGUCAACGCCGGGCGCCUCAGCUGCUCCCUGACGGAGAUUCACACACUCUUUGCCAAGCACAUCAAAUUGGACUGCGAGCGGUGCCAAGCCAAGGGCUUUGUGUGCGAGCUCUGCAAGGAAGGGGACGUACUCUUCCCCUUCGACAGCCACACCUCGAUGUGCAUGGACUGCUCUGCUGUCUUCCACAGGGACUGCUAUUAUGACAACUCCACCACCUGCCCCAAGUGUGCCCGGCUGAAUCUGAGAAAGCAGUCGCUGCUCAGGGAUCCCAGCAUGGAGCUGCAGGCAUAGGGAGAUACUUUCUGCCUUCCCUUGGCUGGAGAAGGGCCGCACUGGGGGACGUGGUUUCACACGCUGCUGCCCAGGAAGAGUUCAGCCCAGAUGGGCAGGGAGGCCCAAGCUUUGCACAAGAGUGCAGCCAGAAACGUUUUGUCCAAAGCUGGAAAACGACACGACCGGGUGGCUUCAGUCCAAGACUCUCCUCCAGUGGAGGGGCAAUCAAGAGUGCAUUUAUCCUGCACGCACUGAUGUUUGCAGACUUUCCCUGCCUGGAAUCUUGAGGCUGAGAGAUCAGCUCCCCUAUGGGUCUUGGCCCUGAGUGGGAGGAGGACGUGCCACGUCGGUCCAAGGAUUACUCCUGGUAUGCAGGGAGCAGUCCUGGAGAAAGGACAGCUUGUCUGUGCUGUGAAGGAGUUCUUCGGUGCACCGUAACAUCGGCACGCUCUGCUGGUGUUCAGCAGCAAGAACAUCUGGGGGGCAUACAAACCCCAAGGGGGAGAUGCCUCCACUGAGGACGGCGUGUUCUUGCGGAAGGUGAACUCGAUGGGCUUGGCUCAAGGGACCACUGGAUGUCUAGAAGACAUUUCCCACUGACGUGGGUCCUCUGUGUUUCUCUGUCAGAGGUGGGGAGAGAAGCCAGAGGUGUUCCCUCCUCCUUCUUCUUCAUUGCCACUGUGGGUAGUAGCAAAUCCAAAGGCUGACUGGAUUGUAAAGUUGGGACAGCCCUUGUCACUCAUGACAGGAAUAAUUUAUCACGAGCACUAAAAUCACUUUAAAUAAAGUCGUGUUCAAUCUUGCUGGGCUGCUCUGGUUUUGAGCAGGCCUGCCUUCUUGCUUGCCAGUUUCCGGCUAGAGGUGACGUCUCUCCUCUUCUCACUUCCCCAACAGAGCUUUUGUGUUGCGUCCACUUCUGGCUGCUACUAGUAACUCUUGUGAAGGAACAGACUGGCAAGCCUGGAAGGUCAAAAGACUCCACGGCUUUUCCCGGUCUCCACCUGCUAAUGCUGUCCCUUCCCCUCACUACCCUAGAGACCCAAAAAUAAACUGUCACCAGUGACUCAGUCUCU